AUGUCUCACCCGGCAAAGCUCUACGUGCAGUGUAAUCCGUUGCUUGACGUCUCGGCAGGCGUAUCGGACGAAUUCAUGGCAAGGUACAAGGUGGAACACGGCACCGCCACGCUUUUGGCAGAGGAGCAAGCUGGCAUCUUCGAAGACCUUGAAAACUUGCCGGAAGUCAAGCACGUACCCGGCGGCUCUGGGCUGAAUACCUGCCGAGUGGCACAGUGGAUGCUGCAGGCUCCGAAAGGGUCUUUUGUUACGUAUGUAGGCUGCAUUGCGGACGACCGCUACGGCGGGAUUCUGAAGAAUUCUGCAGAGAAGGAUGGCGUCAAAAUGGUGGUUGAGUACACAACAAGGGAGCCAACGGGAAGCUGUGCGGUUUGCAUUACAGGAAAAGAACGUUCACUUGUGGCAAACCUUGCCGCCGCAAACUGCCUUUCUGCCCAACACAUUUAUUCUCCAGAUGUGGAGAAAUGCCUUAUGGAGGCCAAGUUGUUUUACCUGACCGGUUUUACCCUCACGAUUGAUGUAGCCUAUGUUCUACAUGUGGCUAAAAAGGCGCGCGAAGUGGGUGGGACAUUUAUGAUGAACCUUUCCGCACCUUUUCUCAUUGAGUUCUUCUGGGAGCAGUUCAGCCAGGUGUUGCCUUAUGUGGACAUCAUCUUUGGCAACGAGUUGGAGGCGAGGACGUUGUCCAAGGCGAAGGGGUGGGAUGAGGAGGACAUGAAGGAGGUUGCGAAGCGGGCGUUAAAGGAGCUCCCGUACUCCGGCACGAAAGGUCGUCUUGUGGUCUUUACAAAGGGACCGGAGCCAACUAUCUGCGUCACGAAGGAUGAAAUCACUGUCGUGCCCGUGGACCCGCUGGAUCCCGAGAAAAUGAUUGACUUCAACGGUGCCGGAGACGCUUUCGUGGGCGGAUUCUUGUCUGGCUAUGCUCUUGGGAAGGAUCUGACACGUUGCUGCAUUCUUGGCCACUACGCGGCAGGGGUAGUGAUUCAGCACGAUGGCUGCACGUAUCCCGAGAAGCCAAUUCUUUCCCCCUGGGACUAA